ACCUAAUUCUUCAUAACCACUUAACCGCGAAUCACGUCUCCCAGACGUUCAGCUUUCUGCGAUCCACAAUUGUUUUAAACCGUCGGGACACGUGGGUGGUCCACUCUGAUUUUUCGUUCAAAAAUUCGUAAUCGCGGGACAGUUGGGACCCGCGUGAUUUUCGAUUAAAUGCUACGUUCGGUGGUUAAUGACAGUGCGAAGCAGCCUAUUUAAUAUCAGUCGUUAGUGCAACAUCGGCAGAAGUAUGAAAUCGGAUGAAAAAAUGACUCCGAAUAUCAAACGGGUUUCCGGAGAAUCCGGAAAGACCAUGAAAAAUAAAAAAGGCGAACGCACCUUUUACGACCCUAUGGCUGUCACCUGGGUCGAGAGAUACAGUGAUCAAAUGGAAAAGAUUUGGACGCGUAUGCCGAACUUUGUUGGAUCAGCUAUAGCAACGUGUGCUGUAUUUUUAUUGGGUGCCACCAUGCGCGGCGAAUGGCUUCUCGUCGUCGUACAUUUUGCCAAACAUCUUGGAUACAGUACCGAAAACGACACUGCGUCAAACAACAGUUCUACCACUGUUAACUGGGCUGAACUUUCCCUCAAAAGUUUUUACCUUGAAAAUCUCUCGUGGUACUGCAUAGUAGCCUGUACCGUCGCAUAUUGCAUGUAUUUCGGAAUCGGAGGUUUUCUUCACUGGUACUUUUACGUUCAUCAGCGCGAUAAAGCGGACGAGUGGAAAUGCCAGCCGAAAAAGUGGCUAACGCCUGAAUUGGAAAGACAUGAAAUUAUCGUGGGAUCGUUCAGUCUACUGUUGGCCAAUACGUUCACAGCCAGUUUGGCCUGCUAUAUGUCGAACGGUGGUCCCUGUAGCGUGUACUACAAAUUCGACGAAUAUUCCUGGGCAUAUUUUGUCCUGCAGUGGCCCAUAAUAUUCAUCUACCUGGAUUACGCUACGUAUUGGAUUCAUCGUCUCUACCAUACACCUUGGUUCUAUAAGAAUUUUCAUAAAUUGCAUCAUACGUAUAAGCACCCUACCGCCUUCUCCGUUACCGCCAUUCAUCCUGUUGAGAUUUUACACAUACAGAUAAUAUUGUGUUUACCCUUAUUCUUAAUGCCCAUUCAUUGGGUACCGUAUUGCGUAAUUGCCGUAUACAAUUAUUAUCACGGAAUUAUUGAUCAUUCUGGAAUUAAUUUCAAAGCUUACUGGUGGCAACCAUGGCAGCCGGAUGCAAUUUUCCAUGACAAUCAUCACCAGUAUUUCCAUGUGAAUUUCGGAUUUAAUUGCUUCAUCUGGGACAAGAUACACGGUACAAUCAGACAGAAGGAUUGCAUCUAUAGGGAGGACACUUUUUAUGGAAAAGGAAAGAAAAUAACAGAAGCCACCGAGGACGAGAUCAAGGCUGAUAUCGAGGAACGAGAAUCGGAAAAUCCAUUGGCUUAUCGGGAAAACAACCUCGUAUACAGUUUAUCGAAAAACGAUUCGAGCCUGAAGAAAUUCAAAUAAUCAGAUUAACGUUAAGAUUCUCCAACAAGCGUUAUAAUGCAAGAAGAACAGGUAGUACGAUUUUAAUACAGCGGUGCUCGCCGACUCAAAUGAUUUGGACAUACUGCCUAUGAAGAUAGGAAAAAAAAAAUCGAUGAUUUUUAAUAUCGAUCGAUUGUUCACAGAGAAACGUUUUCUUUUUUAAUUUUGUUACUUCAAAUCAAUUCUUUACUUUUUUUUUUUUAAGCAAAGAUUGACCACCAUUUAUUAAAGUGAUAAUGCAACAACACAUCUACGACUCGUGCGCUACAGUCGCGUUAAAUAUAUCUCUGAUUAGUUAUUUCAUAUUUUUCUACAAGUCACCAAUAACGAGGCUAUUGAUAUUCCUAUAAAAGCCUAGUACUUUCGUAUUCUACAUAUAUAAAUAUGAAAGUUGUGAUAAUAGCUUCUAAUAAUUAUCGAGAAUUGCAUCAGUGUGUGGUUAAUAAAAAAAAAUUACGUAAUCAUAAAAAAUUGGCAUAUCAGAUUAGAAAGAUACAAUUUAUUCGUCACAACUAUCAAGUCGAUGUCUCUAUUAUCUUGGAACGUCUGACAAGUUAAUACUUAUUUGUUGAGCAGGUGUGCCAUCGUUAAAAAAAAUUAAUAUCUACGUGGCUGAUUAUUUAAUUGAUUAGAAUCCAAUAAAUGAGUAUCACACGAACAGACACUGAUAUCAGGCAUUAUCGAGUACGAUUUUUUUUUAAAUCAAGACUGUAUCCAAUAAAAUACUUAAAGGUU